AACAAUCUUGACCAAGCCCUACGUUUCUUCUUCUGAUGAAUUCUAUAACAACGUGAUAGAUUUGGAGCAGUCCAAGGCAAGAUGACAAUGUUUUUGAGAUCAAGGAUUAGUCCGGUGGUUUCUCGAGCUUGUACACUUGUAUGGAGGAGGAGCUAUGGAGCCGAAUUGGCACCGCUGCUCAAGCCACCGGUAGAAGUCAAGCACACACAGCUCCUCAUCGAUGGAAAACUCGUGGAUUCGGCCUCGGGCAAAACAUUCCCAACGAUUGAUCCACGCUCGGAGGAAAUCAUCGCCCAAGUAGCCGAGGGAGACGAGGAAGACGUGAACAGAGCCGUCAAGGCGGCUCGCAAUGCGUUUGAGAAAGGGCCAUGGCCAAGAAUGACCGCUUACGAGCGCUCCAAGAUCCUCUUCCGCUAUGCCGAUCUCUUGGAGCAGCACAGCGACGAGCUGGUGGCGCUCGAUGUUCUCGACAACGGCAAGACGAUCGAUCAAGCGACCUUUGCCGAGAUGCCGAAUGUGAUCCGGUGGUUUCGAUACUACGCAGGAUGGGCCGAUAAGAUUCAUGGCAUGACUCUUCAAGCCGAUAGCCCUCACCACGUCCAUACAUUACACGAACCAAUUGGAGUCGUUGGUCAGAUCGUUCCAUGGAAUUUUCCUAUUAUUAUGUUCUCGUGGAAGGUUGCUCCAGCACUGGCUUGUGGGAACACUGUGGUUUUAAAAUCAGCCGAGCUUACGCCGCUUUCAGCAAUCUUGGCCGGGACACUCGCUCUCGAGGCUGGAGUUCCACCGGGUGUUUUGAAUAUUAUUUCUGGAUUUGGACAUACUGCUGGAGCUGCGAUUGCGAGUCAUAUGGAUAUUGACAAGGUCGCAUUCACAGGCUCGACAGAAGUAGGAAGGUCGGUCAUGGAAGCCGCGGCCAGAAGCAACUUAAAGCCAGUAACUCUAGAGCUUGGAGGAAAGUCGCCAUUUAUCGUUUGCGGUGAUGCUGAUAUCGACAAAGCUUUGGAGCUGUCACACCUCGCCUUGUUCUUCAACCAAGGCCAAACUUGCUGUGCGGGAUCCCGGACUUUUGUGCACGAGAGUGUCUAUGACGAAUUCGUGGAGAAGGCAAAGAAGAAAGCAGAAAAUCGUGUUCUGGGAGAUCCUUUUCAAAGCGGUGUAGAGCAUGGCCCUCAGGUUGAUAUUUCUCAAUUCAACAAAGUCAUGAAGUACAUUGGUUAUGGGAAGGAACAGGGAGCCACUUUACUCACAGGAGGAGAAAGACAUGGAGACAAAGGAUUUUAUAUUCAACCGACAGUCUUCGCGGACGUUGGAGACAGCAUGGCGAUUUCUAGAGACGAGAUCUUCGGCCCCGUCCAGUGCAUAUCGAAAUUCAAGACGCUGGAAGAAGUUGUUGAAAGAGCAAACAACACUCAGUAUGGUUUGGCCGCGGGAGUUUUCACGCAGAGCUUGGACACUGCAAACUUCUUGAGCCGAGCUUUGAAAGUGGGAACAGUUUGGGUAAACACGUACUACGCCUUCGAUGCAGCCAUCCCCUUCGGUGGCUACAAGAUGAGCGGAUUUGGACGAGAGAAAGGCGAGUACGUUCUCAAGAACUACUUGCAAGUGAAGGCAGUGGUCACUCCAUUGAAAAAUCCGGCAUGGCUGUGAGUCUCUCAUCUGACUUCUUCCAGUCCAAGAAAGCUCGCAAAUCUCUCCAAACAUUAGAUAUAGCAAAAGAUGCGAAAAGAAUAAAGAAUAUGCCUUUUGUGCC